AUGAUGGUUAUAAACACAGUCGUGUUGUCAAUAAUUUGUGGGUCAUUUGUCGUAUAUUCUAAUUGUUUAAAAGAUUGGAACAACCAAAGACUUCCAGCAACUUCUGUGAUUAUUACAUUUCAUAAUGAAGCUCGUUCUGCUUUGUUACGAACAAUUAUCAGUGUUUUUCGCAAAAGCAGAGAAGAAUUGAUCCAUGAGAUAAUCUUGGUAGAUGAUUUUAGUGAUGAUCCUUCUGAUGGCUUAGAACUGGCUGUUAUUCAGAAAGUGAAAGUAUUGAGAAAUAAUAAACGAGAAGGUUUGAUGCGGUCACGUGUGAGAGGUGCUGAUGCAUCCACAGCAGAAAUACUUACAUUUCUUGACAGCCAUUGUGAAUGUAAUGUCAACUGGUUGGAGCCUCUACUUGAAAGGGUUGCUGAGGACAAAACUCGUGUUGUCAGUCCAAUUAUUGAUGUCAUCAACAUGGAUAACUUUGAAUAUAUUGGUGCUGCUUCAGAUAUCAAAGGAGGAUUUGGUUGGAACUUAGUAUUCAAAUGGGACUAUAUGAGUGCAGAGGAAAUUAAAAGACGAGAGAACAACCCAACUGCUCCAAUUAGAACUCCUCUUAUAGCUGGUGGAUUGUUCACCAUUAAUAAAUCUUGGUUCAACCAAUUAGGAAAAUAUGAUACAAAAAUGGAUGUCUGGGGUGGAGAAAACAUAGAAAUUUCAUUCCGUGUUUGGCUAUGUCAUGGCAGCUUGGAAAUAAUUCCUUGCAGUCGAGUUGGUCAUGUUUUCCGGAAGCAGCACCCUUACACAUUUCCUGGUGGUAGCGGUAUUGUGUUUGCCCGAAAUACAAGGCGAGCAGCUGAAGUUUGGAUGGAUGAGUAUAAACACUUGUAUUAUAAUACAGUACCAUCUUCAAAAUAUGUUUCAUUUGGAGACAUUUCAGAACGAUUAGAUUUGAAAAAGAAACUGAAAUGUCGACCCUUUAAAUGGUUUUUGGAAAAUGUCUAUCCUGAACUUGAAGUUCCUCCAAACCAAGCUUUGUUAUAUGGUAUGAUCAAGCAGGGAGAGAUGUGCAUGGAUACUAUGGGUCAUUUUGCAGAUGGUUCUAUUGGCUUGUUCCAUUGUCACAAUUCAGGUGGCAACCAGGAAUGGUCUUUCUCUGAAGAUGGCAGUCUGAGACAUCUUGAUCUUUGUAUUGUACUUCCUAGUAAUACAGCUGGUACAGUAUUAGAACUGGCCCACUGCACACCAACUCAUCAUUCAAUGAAAUGGAUUCAAAUACAUAACAAAAACAUGUUCAAACAUCGAAGUUACAAUCUCUGCAUUGACAGUCGCGAUGUUCAGUCCCAAGGCCUUAUUGCUUUGCCUUGUGAUGAAACGGCACGGACACAGCAGUGGAAGUUUAUUAUUAACUGA